AUGAUGAAACGAUUAUUAUUGAAACGUAGUCAAAGUGAUCAAGUACAAAUUUCUAAAAUGCAUACUGAUAUUGAUCAAAUACAAAUUCAAACAGAUAAAUUAUCAUCUAUUCAUAUAGAACAAGAUCAAAAUAAAAUAAUUCAUCAACAAAAGAUUGAUUCUGUUGAAGAUCUGCAUCAAUUAAACAAUCUUCGUAGAUAUCAUCAUGAAAAACAACAACAACAACAAGGUUCAUUAAUUCUUUCGUCAGAUACAAAAAUACGUAGUGAUAUUCAUAUUCAAAUAAUAUCUGUUUCAAGUCAUCAACCGAAAUCAUUAAGAAUGACUAUUGAUGAAAACAAAAAUUCAAAAAUAUCUCUCUAA